GAGAGAAUAGAAGGAGAGAACUGCGGCUGAGCGGGACAGUGAGAGGUGGAAACGUUAUCCCAGAGAGGGGAACUUCUAUCCUGGAUGUCCACAUGACUUUGGAAUAUAUAUUAUAACCUGGCAUUUCUAUAUUUUGAUGUGGAGACCUCUACUGCCUACCAGCACAUUGAAUAACCAUUAAUGACGGAUGAAGAUGAUCAUGAAGAUGAACCAUUAUAUCAUCUGGUAAAUUAAACCUCUGGUCAGCUGUUCAGAUAGGAUGACACUACACUGGGUCAUCCUGCAGUUUGGAGUCUUUUGCAUUCCACUAGUCGCUGGUUAUGGGUUUAGGAAUUGCAUUCAAAAGUUUGAAAGUGAGGACACUUUCCUCUGCACACACCGCUUGGAAGUGAACAUACACAGUAUUGUGUCUGACCUUCCCCCCACCACCAGAAAUAUCACCAUAUUGUUUAACACUAUCAAACUGUUGCCCAAGGGAAGCUUCGAACACUUACCCAAUCUUCUGAACCUGAACCUACUAAGGAAUAACCUGCAGACUAUUAACCCUGGAGCAUUUGAUAACUUGGCACUUUUAAAUUAUUUGGAUUUAUCCUAUAACAAUAUAUCCAGUCUAUCCUUAGGGGCAUUUCAUGGACUUGAAGGCUUAAUACAUCUUUACCUCCAAGAGAAUUUGAUUGCUGUUAUGCAUCCUGAUAUAUUUAGCCCUCUUCAGAGAUUAAGAAGUCUCAAUUUGUCAGAUAAUUGCUUGACCAAUUUCAGCAAAGUUGUACAGUCCAUUGAACCUUUGAAAGAACUUAAAAAUCUCACUUUGUGCAGCAACAAAAUUAGGAUUCUGUCCCACACUAGCAGACUCCCGAGCAAUCUGACAACACUUUUCCUCUGCAAAAACCAUCUACAGGAUUUGAAUUGCCAUCAUGAUUUUUUGGCUAACAUCACAUACCUUGACCUCUCAUACAAUAACAUGACCUCAUCAUCCUUGCAAAAAGUAAACCUGAGUAAUAUCAAUUAUUUAAAUAUAGCAUCAAAUCCUCACUUUGAUAUACUGAAAUUUCUGGAGGAUGCCAGCAUACAGCCAGAGGGAAUAGAUUAUUCUGGUUUAAAUUUAAACACUUCGGAUAAAUUGAGGGCAAUGUGUAAUUUUUUGAGAGUCAAAAAUAUCUCAGAUUUAAAUUUGAUUAAAAAUGGGAUUAAAAAUUUGACAAAGAGCAUUCUUGAAAAUUGCAGCGUAAGCGGCACAGUGGAUUUAUCGAGAAACAGGCUGAAAAGCAUAAACUGUUUGACAUUCAUGCAAGAGUCAAACUUUAAAACUUUGAUUGUGGAACAUAAUCUCUUAAAGCAGUUGCACAACUGCUACAAUAAAUCCAAAUUUCUACAGUUGACAUCAAUUUCUUUUCGAUAUAAUAGGAUAUGGUCAGUAAAAUCCAAUGCUUUCACUUAUGCUCCUAAUUUGAAAAAACUUAAUUUGAACAUCAAUAAUAUAAUUUUUGUUGCCAACAAUUCUUUUGCUGGUUUAGAAAAGCUAAGGACACUGCGUUUAGAUAAUAACUUAAUAACAGAUUUAUAUAGAAAGUCAUUUCAGAAUUUAAAAAAUCUUGAAAUUCUUAAUCUCAGGAAUAACAGAGUGUCUGUUAUCUUUACAAAUGUUUUUCAUGACCUGGAGAAUCUGGAAAUCCUGGAUCUUGGAGGUAAUAAGAUUACACAGAUAAAAAAGUGGUCAUUUUAUGGACUAAAUCAUCUUUCCAAAUUGUAUCUGGAUAGAAAUCAGAUUAAAAUAAUUAGCGGGGAGAUGUUCUAUGGUGUGGAGACAACAUUACAGGUUCUCGACCUGAUGUCCAAUCAAAUUUGUUUUGAAUCAUCCAGAAAUAAUUUUUCACCUUUUUCUAAGCUUCAAAAUGUCUAUGACUUGAAGCUCCAAAAUCAGCAACCAUAUGGUUUAACAGCCAUCCCAAAAGGUUUUUUCACCGGAUUGACAUCCUUACGAUCACUUUAUCUAUCACAGAACAGACUUACACACCUAAGUUCUGAUGUAUUUGAUGACCUCAGACAGUUGACACAUCUCAUGCUGUCGGAAGACUGUAAUGGAGUCCAGAACUUCUCACCAGGAAUAUUUAAGAACCUUUUUAAUCUACGAAUCUUGGACCUGGAAAAUGUGUGCCUUCAGACUUUGAAUGCAGAUAUUUUUUCAAACCUCACCAAUCUAAGAAGACUUCAACUAACAAAGAAUGCUUUACAGCAUAUAAAUGUUACAAUCUUAGAAGCCAUGACCAGCUUGAAGUAUCUUGACUUAUGGAAAUGUCCACUUACAUGCGCCUGUACUAAUCAAGAACUGCAAAGGUGGGUAAACCAUUCCCAAGUACAGGUUGUGUAUGCCUAUAAUUUAACAUGUCCAGACAACCCAAAGGCUUACUUUCAUGAUUUUGAUAUUCAUGUCUGUGACCUUAAAAUCAAACUAACACUAUUUUGCUGCACUUUUGUCACCUUAUUGUGCCUCAUAAUCAUGCCAAUAGUCUACAGUAAGUCCUAUUGGCGCAUCAAGUAUAACUACUUUCUGUUUAUCUCCUGGCUCCAUGAACGCUGGAGUUCUGAUAAGGAUCUGUACAAGUAUGAUGCAUUUGUGUCCUACAACACUUGGGAUCAGGAAUGGGUGUAUCAAAAGAUGUUACCUAUGCUAGAAAGCUAUGACCUUUCGGGAGGGCUCCGUCUUUGCCUGCACCACCGAGACUUUCAACUAGGCAGAGACAUUGUAGACAAUAUUGUGGACAGUAUUCACAACAGUCGAAAGACCCUCUGCGUGGUGAGCAGGAGCUACCUUCAAAGUGAAUGGUGCUCUAUGGAAAUGCAGUUGGCCAGCUAUAAACUGUUUGAUGAAAUGAGGGAUGUUCUUGUCCUAAUAUUCUUGGAGAAUAUCCCAGACAAAGAGCUCUCCACCUACCACAGAAUGAGGAAGGUGAUGCUAAAGAAGACUUACAUUACUUGGCCGGAAGAACCUGAGGCACAAAAACUGUUCUGGGCCAAACUUGUAAAAGCAUUAAAGGGUGGCAGCAACAUAGAAGAUGUUGAAGACAGCUUAAUGAGCAAUGAUGAAGAAAGGUCACUGAUAACAAGCUGAUAUCUCAACGUGUAGUCUCUCCUUUAACCACAGACAUUUCAAUGUAUUAUAAGGUAUUGUGCUAUACAAGGCACAGGUAGGGCAAUAUUGCAUUUUUUGGUGAUACAAGUUUUAGCAGCUUUACUUCAAGUUGAUGCAAAAGCGUUACAGCCAGGAUAUUUAAUAAAAAAAUAAGGAUUUCCGUGAUUGUACAAUUUCCAACUUUCAUUUAAAUUACAGAUUAUUUACAUAAAGUGUGCGAAGCAUAUUGGAUUAAAACAUCUUCUUCUACAACCACGAAUACUUACACCCAAUAAAGAAACACGUUAACAUA